CGAGCCGCCGCCCGCCGCCGCGCCGCGCGAUCCGCACCGGCCUCCCCGAGAGCGAGCCGGCCGCCGCGACCGCCACCGCGCUAACCGCCGCCAACCGCCACCGAGGUGCCCGGAGAGAGCGGAGAGGCGGCAUGAGCGAGGCGGGCGAGGCCACCACCGGCGGCACCACGCUCCCGCAGGCCGCGGCCGACGCGCCCGCCGCGGCGCCCCCGGACCCCGCGCCCAAGAGCCCGGCGGCCGGCGGCGCGCCCCAGGCCCCGGCGCCCGCCGCGCUGCUCGCGGGGAGCCCCGGCGGAGACGCGGCCCCCGGGCCGGCCCCGGCCUCGUCAGCCCCCGCGGGCAGCGAGGACGCGGAGAAGAAAGUUCUCGCCACCAAAGUCCUUGGCACUGUCAAAUGGUUCAACGUCAGAAAUGGAUAUGGAUUUAUAAAUCGAAAUGACACCAAAGAAGAUGUGUUUGUACACCAGACCGCCAUCAAGAAGAAUAAUCCACGCAAGUAUCUUCGCAGUGUGGGAGAUGGAGAGACUGUAGAGUUUGAUGUGGUUGAAGGGGAAAAGGGUGCUGAAGCAGCAAAUGUCACUGGUCCCGAUGGAGUUCCUGUAGAAGGGAGCCGUUACGCUGCUGAUCGGCGCCGUUACAGGCGUGGCUACUAUGGCAGACGCCGUGGACCUCCCCGUAAUUACGCUGGGGAGGAGGAGGAGGAAGGGAGCGGCAGCAGUGAAGGAUUUGAGCCCCCUGCCACAGAUGGGCAGUUCUCUGGGGCCAGGAAUCAGCUGCGCCGCCCCCAGUAUCGCCCUCCGUACCGGCAGCGGCGUUUCCCGCCUUACCACGUGGGACAGACCUUUGACCGCCGCUCACGGGUCUUUCCCCAUCCCAACAGAAUGCAGGCUGGUGAGAUUGGAGAGAUGAAAGAUGGAGUCCCCGAGGGAGCACAGCUCCAGGUUCAUCGGAAUCCAACUUACCGCCCAAGGUUCCGCAGGGGACCUGCUCGCCCACGACCUGCCCCUGCUAUUGGAGAGGCUGAAGAUAAAGAGAAUCAGCAAGCGGCCAAUGGUCCGAACCAGCCGUCUGCUCGCCGUGGAUUUCGGCGCCCCUACAACUAUCGCCGCCGCCCCCGCCCCCUGAAUACUGUUUCACAAGAUGGCAAAGAGACCAAGGCAGGUGAAGCACCAACUGAGAACCGCGCUCCAGCCGCCGAGCAGAGCAGUGCCGAGUGACCCUGGCACCCAGGCACCAUCACCACCGGCAGGGUGAGCCUUGUCCUCUCGGGGCACCUGUGACUCUUCUGUGCCCA